CAGAUCGAGUUAUCUCACCACACCGCCAGGGUAAAGCGCAAACUUUCCCCGUCAUCAAUUUAGGCACCAGGCGUGUCCAUAUAUCAGCACGAUAUAAUAAGGGUAGCCCUGCUGCCCAACGACCUAUAGAAAAAAAAAAUUUCACCAUCGCAUGCUCUCCUCCCUGGCUGUUGUGGGUUCGCUAAAGAGGAGCUAGCUAGCGAACAGUUGUUGUUUUUUUGCUUGUUAGCCUUGUAUUUAUGUAGCUGCGGGAGUUGUUUGGUUACUUCAAUUGUAUCCCUCGUAGGUCCAAAAUGCCUAACAUAAAGAUAUUCAGCGGCAGCUCUCAUCCGGACCUUGGCCAGAAAAUUGUCGAUCGCCUGGGACUUGAACUGGGGAAGGUUGUAACCAAAAAAUUCAGCAAUCAGGAGACAUGCGUGGAGAUCGGGGAGAGUGUCAGAGGAGAGGAUGUCUACAUUGUCCAGAGUGGUUGUGGUGAGAUUAACGAUAACUUAAUGGAGCUCCUCAUCAUGAUCAAUGCCUGUAAGAUUGCCUCUGCCUCACGAGUCACGGCUGUCAUCCCCUGUUUCCCAUAUGCAAGACAAGACAAGAAGGACAAGGUGGGGAGUCGGGCACCCAUCUCUGCAAAGCUGGUGGCCAACAUGUUGUCAGUGUCAGGAGCCGAUCACAUAAUCACCAUGGACCUGCACGCCUCGCAGAUACAGGGGUUCUUUGAUAUCCCUGUGGACAAUCUAUACGCUGAGCCAGCUGUGCUGAAAUGGAUCAAAGAGAACAUCAAUGAGUGGAAGAAUUGCACCAUUGUGUCUCCUGAUGCCGGAGGAGCCAAAAGGGUCACCUCUAUAGCAGACAGGCUGAAUGUGGACUUCGCGCUCAUCCACAAAGAGAGAAAGAAGGCUAACGAGGUGGACCGCAUGGUCCUGGUGGGGGACGUGAAAGACAGAGUGGCCAUCUUGGUUGAUGACAUGGCAGACACCUGCGGCACCAUCUGCCAUGCUGCAGAUAAGCUCGUCUCUGCUGGAGCGACAAAGGUCUACGCUAUCCUGACCCAUGGGAUCUUUUCAGGCCCUGCCAUCACUCGCAUUAACAACGCCUGUUUUGAGGCUGUGGUUGUCACGAAUACCAUCCCUCAGGAGGACAAGAUGAAACACUGUACAAAAAUACAGGUUAUUGACAUCUCAAUGAUCCUGGCAGAGGCUAUUCGCCGGACACACAACGGAGAGUCUGUGUCGUAUCUCUUCAGCCAUGUUCCCUUGUAACAUCCCACGAGCAGCCACACCCCACCCUUUCCCCCCGGUGAACCUGUACCAAAGGAGGGAUGUCUGGAGCACCAUCAUCACAGCCCAUCCAUUCAUUCCCCAUGUCAAGAGAAGGGAUGGAAGUAGUUAGUAAAUACUCCUACUGUGUGGUAGCCUACUUUUUCCAAUAUUCUGUUAGUGCACUGGUGAUCAACAGGUUUAACCUUUUGACUUCACUUGGUGUAAUAAUAUGCCAGGAUGUUUCAUAUAAGCAUUGUCUAUUGUCAGAUUGAAAGCUCUAGUUUACAUUGCUGCUGAUGCCCCAUUUGAGAGAAACUUUCACUCCAAGAUGGCUGGUUCUGUUUUAUGAGCUUGUUUUUUUUUUUGUUACUGAUAUUUUUUUGUAUUAGGGGGACUUGGGCCUCCUUGAAAAGUGAGGCUACCCACUUGCAUUUCCAAGACAGUAUAUUUUAUUUUACGAGAAAGGUGCUUUUGACACAGUUGUUCAAGAAUAAAGCAUUGUGUACUGUU